GUAUCAACCCCAAAACCCCUUUGUUGUUAUAAAAACCCCUACCCCCACCCACCUUAUUCACACCCAAGUCUCAUUUCAGUCUCUGCAUCUUCCUCUUGUUCUUCUCUCAACAUAUUGAAUCUGCAACCAUGACUGCCUACCGCGGAAAGUACGCUGAUGAGCUUAUUGCCAAUGCUGCAUACAUUGGUACCCCUGGAAAGGGUAUUCUUGCUGCUGAUGAAUCUACUGGAACAAUUGGCAAGCGCUUAUCAAGCAUCAAUGUUGAGAAUGUUGAGGAAAACAGGAGGGCUCUACGUGAACUUCUUUUUUGCGCCCCUGGUGCCCUUCAAUACCUGAGUGGUGUGAUCCUUUUUGAGGAGACUCUCUACCAGAAAACUGCUGCUGGCAAGCCCUUUGUUGAUGUGUUGAAGGAGGGUGGUGUUCUUCCUGGUAUCAAGGUCGACAAGGGUACAGUUGAGCUUGCUGGAACCAACGGCGAGACCACCACCCAAGGUCUUGAUGGCCUAGCCCAGCGUUGCCAACAAUACUAUGCUGCUGGUGCCCGUUUUGCUAAAUGGAGGGCUGUGCUGAAGAUUGGUGCCAAUGAGCCAUCACAGCUUGCUAUCAAUGACAAUGCCAAUGGUCUGGCCCGCUAUGCCAUCAUCUGCCAGGAGAAUGGCUUGGUGCCAAUUGUUGAGCCCGAGAUCCUUGUCGAUGGCCCCCACGACAUCAACAAGUGUGCUGAGGUGACAGAGCGUGUUCUUGCUGCUUGCUACAAGGCCCUCAAUGACCACCACGUCCUGUUGGAGGGAACAUUGUUGAAGCCAAACAUGGUCACCCCUGGCUCUGAUGCUCCCAAGGUCACCCCUGAGGUGGUUGCUGAGUACACUGUCCGUGCCUUGCAACGAACAAUGCCCCCUGCCGUCCCGGCUGUCGUUUUCUUGUCUGGUGGACAGAGUGAGGAAGAGGCCACCCGCAACCUCAACGCGAUGAACAAGCUCAAGACGAAGAAGCCAUGGACCCUGUCUUUCUCGUUUGGACGUGCUCUACAACAGAGCACCCUCAAGGCGUGGGCCGGCAAGGUGGAGAAUGUUGGAAAGGCUCAGGCUGCAUUGCUUACAAGGUGCAAGGCCAACUCGGAAGCGACACUUGGAACGUACCAGGGCGACAGCCCCUUGAGCGAGGGUGCUUCUGAAAGCCUCCACGUCAAGGACUACAAGUACUAGAUUCAGUUAAUGAGGCUUCCCUUUGAUUUUCUCGGUUGAAAGGAGAGAGCAUAACAUAACUAGUUUGUUGCAUUUAUGUACUAUUGUGUGCUCAUUUUCAUCGUCGCUAGACUCCUGUUUUAAUAAGUUUCGAGGAACAUCUUUGCUGGGGAAAUGGUUAAGUUGUUUUUUCUACUUUUA